AUGGCUCGCACAAAGCAAACGGCCCGCAAAUCCACCGGCGGCAAGGCGCCGCGCAAGCAACUGGCCACGAAGGCCGCAAGGAAGUCGGCGCCCGCCACGGGCGGCGUGAAGAAGCCUCACCGGUACCGCCCGGGCACGGUGGCGCUGCGCGAGAUCCGCAAGUACCAGAAGUCGACGGAGCUGCUCAUCCGCAAGCUGCCCUUCCAGCGCCUGGUGCGCGAAAUCGCGCAGGACUUCAAGACGGACCUGCGCUUCCAGAGCUCCGCCGUGAUGGCGCUGCAGGAGGCGGCGGAGGCGUACCUCGUCGGUCUCUUCGAGGACACCAACCUUACCCCUCCCGCUUCUCUUGCCCUCCCCGCGCGCCACUGGCCUCUGUCGCCCCUGUUCCGCCGCGCCCCGCUCCGCCGUCGUCCGCACGCCUCUCCCGCGCACACCCGCCCUCCGCCCGCGCGUGGUCGGAAAGGCUCCGCCUUGCCGCGCGGCGGCGGAGUCGGAGGCGGUAGGGGAGGGCGCGGGGGAGCAGAAGACUGUGUCGCUGGGGACGGCGGUGCUGCCGGCGGACUGCGAUCUGGCGGCGCUGGAAACGAUGAUGGCGCAGGUGGGAAUGGCGCAGGUGGGAAUGGCGCAGGUGGGAAUGGCGCAGGUGGGAAUGGCGCAGGUGAGAAUGGCGCAGGUGAGAAUGGCGCAGGUGAGAAUGGCGCAGGUGAGAAUGGCGCAGGAGAGAAUGGCGCAGGUGAGAAUGGCGCAGGUGAGAAUGGCGCAGGUGAGAAUGGCGCAGGAGAGAAUGGCGCAGGUGAGAAUGGCGCAGGAGAGAAUGGCGCAGGUGAGAAUGGCGCAGGAGAGAAUGGCGCAGGUGAGAAUGGCGCAGGUGAGAAUGGCAUGGCGCAGGUGAGAAUGGCGCAGGUGAGAAUGGCGCAGGAGAGAAUGGCGCAGGAGAGAAUGGCGCAGGUGGGAAUGGCGCAGGUGAGAGCGGCGGACGCGAGAGCGGCGCAG